AUGCCUUUUACCAGGCUUCCUGAUGUCCUGCAAGUUUUCAGUGCCAAGUUGCCAGCGCUUGAGCCCCACGUGCUGACAGAAUGCACCACCACAGCCGUGACGGAUUCGACAAGCCAGGUGUGCUCGUGCCAACUUGUGAGCGAUUUUCUGCCUCGAUCUGCCCGUGUGCCUUGCGCUCCCGACGCAGGGCCCUCGGGCGCCCGCUCCGGCUGCCGAGGCCAAAGCCCUCGCGCCUGCUGUGCGUGCCGCAAGAAGGCGGUAAUGCACAGCUCGAGGAGUCUCAGCGUGGCGCCCUGUGGCCAGCAGCCGAGGCGCGGGUGCGUCUGCACCCCGCAGCAAAAAGCAGCAGAAGCGCCAGACCUGCGCCGCUCCUCUCGUGCCGUUUCCGUCGAUGCGGAUCCCUGCCGCCGUCCGCCCCUC